AAGUCCCUGACAGGCUGAGAUUUUCUUCAGGUGGGAACGGUCAAACACCUUUGCGGGGCAAAGGUUGAUCCAGGUCUGCCCUGCACCUGACAGCAACUGUCAAGUUGAUGCCAAUCAACUAUGUCCCCCGGAGAAGGUCUUGAGACUGUAGGACCUCUUCAACUCAGUUUGCACUAGAAGAUUCAACUCAACACAGUUUUCCCCCCAAGUUAACGUGUCCUUUCUGGUUAUGUUGAACUGAUUGAUUAUAUUUGGCAGUGCAGUUAUUUGGAGCAAAUACAACAUGAGUGUACAAGAAUAUUCGAUUAAGAGCAAUGGUGUUGCAGUGAUGGAUGGUAAUACUGAGAGCAAACCUACUCAAGAAACUCUGUCUGACUCCACAAACUUAAGGACCCACUCCACUCUCAUCCCCAACGGAGACGCCACCAGAGCUGAGCUCAGUGCAGCCUCUGCUUCAGAGACCCAGGAGACUCCUCCUACCAGCGAAACUGAGGCACUGACUAAAUCAGCCAGAUCUCCUGAGCUGGAGGGAGCUACUAAAGCACUUCCUUCAGAAGAGCCCAAGGCAGUUGCCCUGUCCACGGCGAAUGUGGUGACAACUCUCGCCCCAGCUGACCAGCUAUGGAGCACCAUCAGAGACAAGGGAGUCAUGCUGAGGAUGGAGGGCUCAGGCCCGGCAUCAGAAACUCCCAUCACCAUCCAUCAGGCGUUCCUGGGGACGCUGGAAAAAUAUGGAGAUCAUCCAGCCUUGGCUUCCAAAAAAGACGGCAUGUGGGUGACCCUGACAUGGAGGCAAUACUACGAGCAGUGCCGGGCAGCUGCUAAGAGUUUCCUCAAGUUGGGGCUGGAGCGUUACCAUGGCGUGGGGAUUCUGGGAUUCAACUCCCCCGAGUGGUUCAUCUCGGACGUCGGCUGCAUCUUUGCUGGGGGUCUGGCAACCGGAAUUUACACCACCAACUCGCCCGAAGCUUGUCAAUAUGUGGCUGCCAACUGUGAAGCCAACAUCCUGGUUGUGGAGAACCAGAAACAGCUCGACAAAAUUCUGCAGGUUAAAGAUCAUCUUCCUCAUCUGAAAGCCAUUGUUCAAUAUAAAGGCGAGCUGCAACAGAAAACACCAUUCCUGUAUACAUGGGAAGAGUUCAUGAAGCUGGGAGAGGAUGUGCCAGAGGAGCAGCUGAAUGCUGUGAUUGACAGUCUUCGGGCCAACGAGUGCUGUACUCUCAUCUAUACCUCUGGAACCACUGGCAAACCGAAAGGAGUCAUGUUGAGCCAUGACAAUCUGACAUGGACAAGCCGCACGGCAGUUAACAUGGUAGAUAUUUGCCCCGGGGAGGAGGUGGUGGUCAGUUACCUGCCCCUCAGCCACGUGGCAGCCCAGCUCUUUGACAUAUGGAUGUGUCUUAGUUAUGCCGUGACCACCUACUUUGCAGAGCCAGAUGCACUGAAGGGCUCAUUAGGAAACACACUGAAAGAGGCUCGUCCAACUUGUUUCCUUGGGGUUCCUCGUGUGUGGGAGAAGAUGCAGGAGAAGAUGAAAGCUGUCGGAGCGAAGGCAUCCCCACUGAGGAGGAGAGUGGCGGCCUGGGCCAAGUCCAUAGGCCUGCAGUACAACUACAGUGUCAUGAACAGGGAGAAUCUGGUGCCGUGGGGCUUCAUGCUGGCUAAUAAUCUGGUCUUUAAGAAGGUGCGUGCUGCGCUGGGCUUAGACCGCUGCAAGUACUGCUUCACAGGCGCUGCCCCCAUCACCAAAGAAACUUUGGAGUUCUUCAUGAGCCUGAACAUCCCUGUGUUAGAGCUGUACGGCAUGAGUGAAAGCUCCGGCCCACACAGCGUCUCCCAUAACAACGAAUACCGCAUCACAAGCUGUGGAAAGGUGAUGCCAGGCUGCAUGACCAAGCUGGAGAACCCAGAUAAGGAUGGGAGUGGAGAGAUAUGUUUCUGGGGUCGGCACGUCUUCAUGGGCUACCUGAACUCACCUGAAAAAACUGCAGAGGCUCUUGACGAGGACGGCUGGCUGCACUCUGGAGAUCUGGGAAGACAUGACCAGCAUGGCUUUCUAUACAUCACGGGAAGGAUCAAGGAGCUGAUCAUCACUGCAGGUGGAGAGAACAUCCCUCCUGUGCCCAUUGAGGACGCAUUGAAGGCUGAGGUGCCCAUCAUCAGCAACACCAUGCUGAUUGGAGACAAGCUCAAGUUCCUCUCCAUGCUGCUCACUCUUAAAUGUGUCAUAGACGACAAUGGCGAGCCCACAGACAAGCUGAGUCCCGAGGUUUUAGACUUCUGCCAGCAGCACGGCGUCACAGCAACCAAUGUGUCGGAGAUCAUAGCCAUUAAGGAGCCAGCUAUCUACAAAGCCAUUCAGGAGGGCUUGGAGCGGGUCAAUGCCAGAGCGACCUCCAACGCCCAGAAAAUCCAGAAGUGGGUGAUACUGGAGCGAGACUUCUCUAUCAGUGGAGGAGAGCUGGGACCCACCAUGAAACUGAGGCGGCCCAUUGUUGUGAAGAUGUACCAGGAGAAAAUAAACGAAAUGUAUGCAGUGGAAAAGGAAAACUAGACUGAGCUGCACAGAGAUGAGACAAUAGGGAA